AGCUAUAAGAGGAUCAUUAUGAACUCCACACAGUUUUCUAACUUCAAACUUGCUGCCUACUUUGACACUGGACUGUUAAAAUAUCUAUUUUUCAUGAGUCUCACAUUGUUGUAUAUAUUAAUUCUUUGUGCCAAUGUGUUGCUGAUAGUGAUUAUCUGUAUGAACAGAAGUUUACAUGAACCUAUGUACCUGUUUCUGUGCAGCCUGUUUGUAAAUGAACUGUAUGGUAGUACAGGGUUGUUUCCAUUCCUUCUGCUUCAGAUCCUCUCUGACAUUCACACUGUUUCUGUUCCCUUUUGUUUCCUGCAGAUUUAUUGUGUGUACUCUUAUGUGUGUGUAGAAUUUUUCAACUUAGCCGUCAUGUCUUAUGACAGAUACCUCGCUAUCUGUUAUCCUCUACAAUAUAACACACAAAUGACAUUUAACAGGGUCGCCGUACUUAUUGUUGUAACAUGGUUACCUGCUUUUCUUGUAGUGGUUGGCACAGUAUCCUUGACCUCCUCUUUACAGCUGUGUGGAAACAUCAUUGAUAAUGUGUACUGUGUGAACUACUCUGUUGUCAAACUGGCCUGCUCUGACACAACAGUAAAUAACAUUUAUGGACUAUUUGUUAGUGGUUUCACAGUGUGUGUUCCUCUAAUUUUAAUCCUUUUCUCUUACAUGAAAAUUCUUAAAGUCUGUUUCUCUGGUUCUAAACAGACCAGACAAAAAGCUGUCAGUACCUGCACACCUCACCUUGCUUCUCUGAUCAACUUCUCCUUCGGGGUUUGCUUUGAAGUGAUACAGAAUAGAUUUUAUAUGAACAGUGUACCUAAUGUGUUGCGCAUUUUUUUGUCUUUAUACUUUCUUACUUGUCAGCCACUGUUUAACCCUGUACUGUAUGGACUGAAAAUGUCAAAAAUAAGUAAUAAUAUAAAAGCCUAUUUUGUUCAUAAGUAG